AUGUGUAUAAGAGACAGCUUUCAGCGUUUUCUCAAGGUUCUUCACAGUACUUCUCCGAAUAUUCUUACCAUUUCCUGUCCAUUUGAUUGGUCUCCUUCAUCUGUCGGCCAUAUUGUACGCUUUGAAUGCUUAAAAGAAUUGAAACUCGCACGAUACUGGGCUUUGCGUGGUAUGCAACAGGAAGAGCUGACAACUUUACUCCAAACUUUACUCCAUUUAGAAAGACUUACUAUUGAAGUCUGGAUUCCCAUACAACACAACCAGCACCAUUUUAAGAUUGUGUCAAAAUCAUUGAAAUAUCUAGACAUUAGAAAAUGUAAUGGAUUCUACCUAUCUGAUCUAGAUUUACCUAAUUUGGAAGUUUUACGAGAGGUUAAGUGUUACGUUGGACCGUUGAUCAUGUCAGAAUCCCUAAAGGUGCGAUGCCUCUUGGACGUAUUAAGAGCUGGUGCACCUAAAUUGAAUACUUUGAACGAUUUGAAACUGUUACCAAUAUGGAAGAGUGGUGAUGCAUAUGAAUGUUUAUUGAAGGAAUUAAACCGGUCAUGUCAGUGCGUGAAUCACACUAGCUCAUGCAUCGUCUAUUAAUUUAAUAUUAUCUAUUUAGGGAGCAUUCGGUUGGAUGUCUACGUUAAGGUCUAAGAUGUAAUCAUCUGUGCAUGUGACGAAGUUGUGGCUCAUUAUCGUCUGAACUUUAGGACUAAGUGUGGCCCAAUUCUACAUUGUGCAGAGACUCUGGUUUAAAGAAAAUCCCUUCCACAGUUAACCAACAUGCAAAUCGAAGCUCCCUAAUAUAACUCAUCCCCCGAAAAUUAACCCGUCUUCCACAAAUUCAUAAUAGAAUAUUUGCAUGUUUGUUACUACAGUAUUUAUUAUCGAGUAUCUUACGGAAGUCAGUGAUGAUGGGUACAGUACCACCAUGCGCAGCAGAAUACAAUUAGAUGUGUUAAGAAAACUCAUUCAACCAGGUCUCCCGGAAGAGAAUUCUUCCAACAUGGGACCCCUGUUUGUUUUAGGUGGGAUACGAUUGGGUUAGGGGUUACUGAUAUCUUAUAAUGCCAUAUUGUAUACAUUUUAAGCAUUUAACCAUCACAUUACUACACUGUUUACAUUCACCAUUAAAAUUUUAUUUUCUCCUCCGUCUAGAUGUUUUUGGCAAAACUAUUUGCUAAAUAAGAAAACAAAAUUUUAUUUUUCAUUGCCCUCCUCUGACUUUAUUUUUCUCCUGAUGUCGGUCAGAGCAAUCUUACCGAAACGUCGAGACAACCAACCAGUGGUUUUUACCUUAAUAAAAACCAUAUUAUUUUAUUUACACAUGGUGUACCGGAAAUUUGUUAUAUGUUUAAGUUUGUGAAACAAGGUAUGAAACAGUCUUGCUUUACCAAUAUAUAGUCAGAGGUUUUAUUGAAUAAACUUUGUUAAUUUCAAUACCUGUAAUAAUAUUGCCUUGCUGUUUUGCUUUUCCAACAAAUCUGUAUUUAUUUUAAAUACUUUUUCUUUUCUUUAAGAGUCAAUGCGCCUCGGAAUAGCACGCUAGAUAGAUGGGGCAUUAUAGGUGCUGUUUUAUUGUUGUUGUUGUUUUGUUGUUAUUAAUUUCCAGUUUGCAAAUGUACAGUUUCAAAAUUAAUAUUUUUAUGAAGUGUAGAUUAAUUGGGGUUUUAAAAAUAAAGAUACUGAUAUAUAGGCCUAACUCUAGUUUAUGAAGUUGACUUUUGAACAAAUAUAUUCAUCAAUGAAAAGCUUAUCUAUAUUAUACGCACAGGAGACACUAUACUGUAUUUGUUGAUGCAUGUCAUAAACAAUACCCAGUUUAUAGUAAAACAUAUUCAAGUUUCAAUUUUCAUUGACAUUGUUGAUUAAUGUGCACACAAAAUACACACACAUAAAGGU